AUGGCCAGCGCGUUUGAUGUCGCGGUGGUGGGUGCCGGCAUGGGAGCAUUCCAUGCAGCAGAGGAGAUUGCAAAGAAAAGUAAGGAUACCAAGGUGGCAUUCAUCCAUGGCUACACUUUUCAGGAGUGGGCGCUAGCAGCAGCCAUUUUCUUGAACAACCCAGAUGAGCAUGAGAAGUGGACCGCUGGUGUUCCGGAGAAGUGGCAGCAGAAGUGGGCCAACGUCCAGUACUUCAUGAGCUCGGUGGAGACCAUCGACUGCGACAAGAAGGAGAUCAAGCUGAUGAACAAAGGUCCGCAUGCUGGAGCAGUGAUUACCUACAAGGCGGUGGUCCUCGCCACGGGAAGCAAAAGCCCACUGAUCACACCAUCUCCCGGCACGUCCCUGACGGAACGGGUCUCGGAGGUGCGCGCCUGCGGGUCGGCCUUGAAGCUUUGUCAUAGCUGGGAAAUGUGUGGAGACUUCCGGGUGCACAAUGGGUACUCUGCCCGGGUGAUUUUGCUUUCUCGCUCUGGUACGGUGCUGGACACUGACUUUGGGGAAAAAUCUGCCAAGCCCGACGCGAAGGUGGUGGAGAAGGUCACAAAUGUCUUGAAAGACAAGAUGAAGGUAGAGGUGAAGCACGGAUCUGCCUCAGAUCCCAAGUUCUCCGAUGCAAUCCUCAGCCCUGGCACCCUUCAACUUGACAGCGGCGAAACCUUGGACUUUGAUGUCUACAUCCCUUGCUUUCCUAUAGGCCCCAACACCGAACGCCUGGUCUCCUCCCAGAAGAUCCUAGAUGACAGAGGUGCUUUGAUCACCAACGACAGCCUCCAAUCCACCAGCCACCCAGAGGUCUUCGGUGUGGGGAUUACCACCAAAAAGUUGUUUGGACAUCCGGUCUCCAGUCGGUUGACAGCAGCCAGCAAACACUGCGCCCAAGGGGCCCUUGCUGUCAUUCAAGGGAAGCCAGUGCAAGUCUUUCAGGACAAAGAAGCCCCACCACCCCUGCCACAACCGAUGAAUGUGAAGAUUGGCCACGGCAAAGGGGGGUAUAUGCUUUGGACUUCACUCCCGGGCCCUGCCAAGGUCUGUUGCUGUCAGUGUUGCAACGGAGGUUUCCCCUUCUGCCCGCCUCCUUGCUGCUGGUGCUGCAUCCCCGGAUGCUCCGGUGCUUGUGGCACAUGUGGCUCGCCACCUGAAGGUGAGGGCCCAGCCAGCUUCAUGGUGCACCUGCUGGCAAAGUUCCCUCCAAACCAUGGCUUCAAAGGUUUGGGUGAUUAUGGUGCCGAAGUACCGAAACAGGCAAAGAUGGCCUAG